AUGUUCCCUCGAGCAGCUGUUGGGGGUCUGCUCCUCAGCUUGACUUUGGCCAUUACCAAAGGUAACCUGUACGAAGGCCACUCGCUAGGGACGCCAUGUCUUCCCAGCCACGUUUGCACGCUAGCCUUUGUUUCUGACAACCCGCUCGUCCUACGUUGCCCUCAUGCCCUGCGCAGAGUCUUCUGGCACUACCACAGCCCAGCCCGGAACGAUGACGAAGUUCUCACUUUCUCGCUCUCCAGGAGCUCCCUUUCGCCUGCACUCAGGAAAGCCCAUUUGCGAAGGCUGCAGUUCAAGUCCCGGCUCUUUGCUAACAAGCUCUACAUCCCAAGCCCUAGCGUGCAGGACUCUGGAGUGUACACGUGCCGCAUAGGUGACGCCGUACUUGCCUACUACCAGGUCGAUGUUCAGGACGCUGAGAGCAUCUACGUUUCUCAUGCCAGCCUUGGAGAAACCACCCUGGGCAAUGCCACUGCGGAUCUAGGAAACGGGACGCAGGCCAAGCUGUUUACCUCUUGGAGUCCCUGGCAGCCUUGCGAUCGCUGCGGCCCUCCUGGAGAAAGGAAGCGUGUCGGAUUUUGUUAUGCCCAGGUGAUUGCAGCGAAGGAUCGCCACAUGGAAAUGCUGCUGCCCUGUGGAAUGGCCCGAAGGAAGCACCCGAUGCUGCCCAAACGGGGGCCAGAGCUGAGAGUGGAAGCCUGCCAGGCCCCCUGCAACAAGCCCUCCCUGCUCACCAAGGGGGAGCCCAACACUAUGCCAGUUCUCGUUUACAACACUUACCAUCCUGAUUUCCAGGACACCAUCUACUUGCGCUGUCCAACCUCUUCCAUCUACAGCCCCGUUUACUGGCAGGAAGGCCCCACAAAGCUAACACGCCUCCAACUUCUCCAGCGGAACAGCAGCUCCGAGAGCCUGGACGAGGCGACAGGCGGCGGGAUCCUCCUGCUCACCUUCCAUAACGAGUCGCAAAGGACUUCCUACCAGUGCUACGUCAACGGGCAUUUGACGGGCAAGUUUGUGGUCACCUUCCCCAGCACCUUCUCAACUGCUGGACAGUUCACCCACACCUACAACAUCAUCGAGGUGCUGGUGGUGGGGUUGUCUUUGUUCCUGGUGUUCCUGAUGUUCCUCAGCAUCUUCCAGUCCUGCAGGAGGAAACAAGGAGCCUCUCUUGUCUAG